AAUAUCGAUUAGAUCGAAUAAACAAUCAUUGAUUGAUGAUGAAUAAUAUGAUGGGUACAGUUUUCGGUAGCAAAUAAUAAAAAGAUUGUUGAUUGUUGACGAAAUUUAUCGAUCGAUGUGGGUUUUUUUUUGUUGUUCGAAGAUCAAAGGAACAAGAAAAAAUCAACAACAACACUCACCAAUGCAAUUGAUUGGAAGAAUAUUUGGCUAUUUAGAUAAUAGAUGUGAUGUUGUUUAUUCUGGAAAUUAAUCUCACAAUCAGUUUUAUCGUUGAUGCAUUAAUUUUUUGGAUUUUUAUCCAAAAAAUUCUUCCAAAUAAAAGAUUCAUUCUAUUGUAACACAAAGAUCACAUAUUGUGUGAUUAUAGUGGAUCCGUGUAAAUCGAAACACGCGAUCCACAGUAACCAGACCACGUGUUUUAUCAUUUCAAUUGAUUGAAUUUUUCUGUUCAAAAAUUGUUCUUGUUUGUUCGGAUAAGUUUUUUUUUCACUAAUUGUGAUUCAUUAAUCAUGACUCGAAUAGCAGCUCGAGCUAGCCGUGGUCGUGGAAAAAAAUUACUCAGAGGACAAGCAUGUUCAUCGAAUCCUGAAACGAAAAAACAUCGUGCCAAAAUUGCAAAAUUAAUCGGCAUUUCUACGUCCGAAUUGGGUGAUAAAUCCACUCAUUCAUUGAAACCAAAAUUAACACGUGAAAUGUUGGAAAAAUUUGAUGCCAUUCAACAACAAAAACAACGUAAUUCAAUUAAUGGUGUGCCCGAACAACAACAAAAAGUCGGUGUUGAAAAUUGGUUACAAAUAUCAAAAAAUCAAGACGAAAAUGAUAGUAGUAAUUCUAAAAGUGGAACUUCCAACAAUGAACCUAUGAAUGAUGAUGAUCAAUCUAUACCGGAUGAUGCAUUCACCAUUGGUAAUAUAUCAGCGGCCAGUAUAUGGUCAAAUUGUACAAAUGUUAGUUUUGAUAAAUUUCUCAACGGUUUUGAUCCAAAAUCCAAGAUUCACAAAGCUAUGCUAACGGUAUUGGCCACUGUUCGUGAUGCAAUCGACAAAGAGAAUGGAAAUGAAACUGAAACUGAAUAUUUUUCCGGACUUAUGUUGGCUUUGGAUUGUGUAGAUUCAGAGGAACGAUUAACUGCUACAUUAGCGUUAUUACAAAUGAUAUUGAAACGUGUUCAAACAUCUGUUUUACGAUCAAAAUUUUCUGAAACAUCCACUGCAUUGAUGAAGAUAUUAUCACAACAAAUUAAUGUGGCCAAUCCAAAUGGUUACCUAACAAAAUCGGUAAUCAAUGCAUUACAUACAUUGUUACGAAAUCAAGAACUUGCCGUAUGGCAACUGAAAUCCACUCAACAAAUAUUCGACACAAUACUUUUGUUUGUAACACAUCAAAAACCACGUAUUCGUAAAGCAGCUUGUUUUGCUGUCAUAUCGUUGGUUUGUUGUGGUGGCGAUCGUAAAUCCGAAAAUUCAAAUCAAAAUUGCUCACAGAUUGCGGCAAAAUUAACGGCUGAAUUCUGUAUACGUAAACUUGAUCAACAUUUAUCAACAACUAAUGAUGAACAUUUGAAUAUCGUUUUAUAUGUGCUAACAUUGUUAGCCGAUACAAUGGCCAUGUUUCCAUCGGUUCAACAUACAAAACAUUUGGCUGAAUCAAUUCUUUCACACAUGACUUUGGGCAAUAUCCUAUUGGUGACCGGAGCAUUGCAUACAUUCUAUUCAUUUUUUCUUCGUCGUCCAAUGGCAAAUGUAUUAAGUGCCGAAUUGAAUGCUCGUCUAUUGAAUGCUUUAUAUGAUUAUCAACCAAAUAUUAAUGAUGAACAACCAUUACAGGCAUGGUGUGCUGCAAUCAAAGAAGCUCUACUCUGUCUUCAUGAUCUUGAUAGAAAACUUUUUUCUUCUCAUGCACCGAAAUUAUUCCGUACAUUUAUUACCAUUUUACAAAGUGAUAGCACUGCUGUUCAUAUGAACAUUGUCAAUUCGAUCAAAUCGAUGAUGAAAACGAUUAUUGAAGAUCCUAAUGGAUCAUCGAUUGAUUUAUUGGAAAAAUUGUAUGAAGAAAUGGACAAUGGUUUAAAAUAUCAAUAUAGCCAUGUAUGGAUGGAAUUUAUACCAAUUUUCGGUGAAGUUUUUUUGGUGACUAAAGAAACUCGAUUACUAACUAAAAUGGGUGCAAUCAUACAACGUAUGGCUAUUAUUUAUGAAUCCAAUGAUAACGAUGUUAAUGAUGUUUUGGAAAAAGUUUUUGCCAAAAUAAUCCAAUCACAUGGUCCACAAUUUGUAUUACAAUAUUGUCCGAUUGUUUGGAAAACAUCAACAUCGUCAUCAUCAUCAUCAAUGAGUGAAUAUAAUGAAUUUCGUGGUGAAUUUUCUAAUGCAUGGCUCAUACCAUUAUUACGUGAAAAUAUUGAUGGUAAUUGUGAAUUGGCUCUAUUCGCCAAUCAUUUCUUGCCCAUGGUAGAUGAAUUGAUGAAAAAAGUAUCGUUAUGUCAAAAAAUAACACAAAAAUUAAAAGAAUCAACUAAAAAUUCGAUGCAAAUUGAUAAUGAUGAUGAUAAUGAUCAAUCAUCAUCAAUUCAUUGUUCAUCAUAUGAAUCUUGUUUGAUAGUAAUGAUGAAAGAAUUGAAUCGAUGUGUUCAUGCUAUUUGGUCAUUAUUACCGGCAUUAUGUCGACGACCGACAGAUAUGAUGGUUGUAUUUCCAAAAAUUGCUAAACGUAUCGGUGAAAAUCUUUAUAACAAAGAAUUGGCCAUCUAUUCAUUGGUUGCAUUGAGAAAUCUAUUCAAAUGUGAUCAUUCAAUCCAAUGUAUGGUUGGUUCAUUUGCUAAAAAUUUAUUACCAAUUUUAUUCAAUAUUUAUACAAAUGAAAAUGAAAAUACCCGUAUUGAUCAUGAUCUUCGUUAUCCAGUAUAUGUUAUUGUCAAACAUUUGAUUCGUUACAUGUUGAUGGAUAAUAAUAAUUCUGUUGAUGAUGAUUUGUAUCAUCAAUUUUUCAAUAAAUUAAUCACCAUUUUAAAAGAAUCAACUGGUACAGAUUUUCGUCGUAUGGCUUUGAUCGAUUUGGUUGAUGCAUUUUUAUGGACACCAGAAAAUCUUCGAUUGAAUGAAAUUGAAUAUGUCUACAAUCAACUAGUUAAUCCAUUGAUUGAAGAAAGUAAAUUACCAGCUGAACAGAAAAAAGGUUUUCGUUUAAUUGAACCUAUUGUACAAAGUAAAUCAAAUAGUUGUGAUGAAUUUCUACGUAAACAUAUGGAACACAUUGUUAAUCAGAUGAUUUCUUUAUUUGAAAAUGAUAAAAUUCGUUCACCAUCAUCAAGAUCAUAUGCACUUCGUUUAUUUAAUUUAAUUAUUCAACGAUUGAUCAAUGAUGAUGAUGAUGAUGAUGGAAACCGUAGUAAUGUAAUGAUUUUAAUACAAAAUUUCGUACCAUCUAUAUUGAAACAAUUGACGAUAAAAUCAUCGAAAACAAAAAAACAAGCAAGAAAAAUUUUACUCACCAUAUCUGAUUGUUUUGAAAUGUUUGCUUCUUCAGCCGAUGGUGGUGGUAGCGGUAAUAAACAUGAUGCAUAUGAAAAAUUAAUCCGAUUGAUUAUUGAUCCAAUUAUUCAUGAUGGUAAAAUAACCAAUGAUGAACGAACAUCACGUUUGGAUGCAAUUGUCUAUUUGUUUGUUGAAAAAUUUCAUCAUCCAUUAAUCAAAGAAAGUCUUGUUGCUACGAUUGCCGAUACGGUUUUUUCAUGUUUUUCCACAGAAAAUCUUGAUCAUUGUACACGACCAUUGUUGAAUAUUUGUUUUGAAUUUAUUCGUCAUUUUUUACUGAAAUCAACGUCAAAUCUUUUUAAUUGUUAUAUUGAAGUCAUUACCUGUGGUAUUACCAAUCUACCCAUUGAACAUCGAACCAAGUUUCAUCAAACUGUUAAAGUUUUAUUGACAAAACUUUGUCGUAAAUUUGGUUUCGAUCUAAUCGAUAGUAUGGUGUCAGAUGAUUAUAAAAAAGUGAUGAAAAAUAUUCGAAAAUUGGAAGAACGAAAAAAGAAACAGAAAAAACAAUCAACAUCUGAUGACGAUAAUGAUGAUGGCGAUGGCCAAUCGGAUCGAAAAUCAAUGUUCGUUCAAAAAUCAAGAAAAUCACGAAAAUAUCUUGAUUUUUCCGAUGACGAUGAAGAAGAUGUCGAACGUUUUGUUAAUGAUGAAUUCGAUGAUAUUGGUGAUGAUGAUGAUGAUGAUGAUGGCCACAGUAUCAGGAAAAGUUUUCGUAGCCGUACAAAUAAACAUUUGGAUAUCACUUCUCGUCUUUCAAAUGUAUCGAUCAAAAGCUAUAUACGUGAAUCUGUGGAUGGUGAUCCUAUUGAUUUGCUUAGUUCGAAUGCAAAACAAAAUGUUUUUUCAAAAAUACCGACAAACUAUAAACAACAACAACAACAACAACAUAAUAAUGAUUCAUCAGUAGAUAACAAUUCAAAUAAUAAUAAUAAUUUACCAUAUGGUGAAGAUGGUCGUUUAAAUAUUGGUAGAUUACUUGAUCAAUUGGAAGGAAAACGUGGUCAAAAACGAUCAGCUGAUGAUUUGAAUAACAAUGAUGAUGAUGAUGAUUCUGAUGACGAUUCAGAUGAUGAUACACAAUUCAAAUCAAAAUCUUAUAAACCAGGUGGUCGUGGUAUUCAUCGACCUGUUGUUGCUACAUCAUCAACAACAGGCAAUGAUAACAAAUCAACGAUAUCAUCGAAAAAAUCUACAAAAUCUAAAAAAAGUUCAAUCACAAACCAUCACGGUGGUGGUGGUGAUGUUUAUAGAUCGAAAAAAGCUUCUGGUGAUAUGAAACGACGUGGCCUACCUGAUCCAUAUGCUUAUUAUCCAUUGAAUGCAAUGUCAUUGAAUAGACGUAAACAACUAAAACAACGUGGUCAAUUGAAAGCAAUUGUAAAAAGUGCCCAAAAAGGUGCAGCCAAAGGGCAUCAUAUUCGAAAUAAACGUCGUAAAACACAAAAAUAAUGUGUAUUUUAUUAUUCAAAUUCAAAAUUUUAUUUUUCAUAUCUCAAAAAAUAAAAUAAA